AUGUGCGAGCGCCGUAAGUCAAACUCGGGUUUUUCCGCAUUUGCAAGUUCCAGGCUGAAACGUGGGAACUCGGUCAGUGGCGGGUCCGUGGAUCAGUACUGCCGCUUGCCUUCCUGUGUGGCCACCUGCCUGCCCUCCAGUGUGGCCGAUGAACAGGAAGGCCACCUCUCGGAGAUCCACGCGGUCACCUUCAGUCCAAACUCGGGCCUGCUGGCCACGGGUGGCACGGACAGGCUGAUUAAGCUUUGGAGUGUGGCUGGAGGCUGCCUGGAGAAGAAGGAAACCUUCGACGGGUCCAGUGGCAGCAUCACCAGCCUUGCCUUCGACCCCUUGGGACGUUGCGUCUUAGCCGCCACGUACGACAACGCGGCCCAGUUAUGGAAGGUGGGGGACAGCAAGAUUAAGGAAAUUCUCACCGGACACACUAACAAAGUGACAGCUGCUCAAUUCAGGUCUACCUGGCACCAGGCGGUUACCGGUAGCCAAGACCGGACCGUGAAGGAGUGGGACUUGGUCAAAGUGGCAUGUUCUAGGACCAUCCAGGUCUUCUCUUACUGCAACGAUGUUGUGUGUUGCAACAACGUCAUUGUGAGCGGCCACCACGACAAGAUGAUCCGUUUCUGGGACAGCAGGGACUCUCGGUGCAUACAGGUGGUCCCCGUGGGCGCUAAGGUCACCUCGCUCAGCCUCAGCCCUGACCAGCUGCAACUUCUGAGUUGCUCCCGGGACAACGCGCUCAAGGUCAUUGACCUGAGGAUGCACACCGUCCAGCAGGUCUUCAGAGCGGAUGGAUUCAAAUGUGGCUCUGAUGCGACGAAAGCGGUGUUCAGCCCGGAUAAGAGCUACGCCUUGGCUGGAUCUUCAAACGGCACCCUUUUCCUCUGGGACAUAACAACGGGGAAAUUGGAGAAGAGCUUGGCGGGAAUCCACCGGUCUUCCGUCAACGCUGUGGCGUGGAGUCCCUCUGGAGUACACAUAGGGAGCGUGGGCCGGUGCCGGAAAGUUGUGUUGUGGAGGUAGCAGAAGAAAAGACACGGAGACCACACCUCGUGUCUCUUUGCUAGACUUUUCCCUGUGGGCCUUUCGAGGUGGAUCGCGUGAGAACGAGGACGUCCCAACCAUUUGGGGUGUGGCCUGAGAAGCAGGUCUUCCUUCGGUCCUGGAUUCGAGUCUUCGUUCUUCCUUGCGAUGGAGGAAGGAGGCAAAUGGGGAGCCAGUACCCUGGGACACACACACAAACCCCGACACUCACUCGACCUGCAAAUCCAAAGCUUUUAAAAGAGAAACCAGACUUAAUAGCAAGAACUGGGAUCUUGGAGUCUUAAUGGACAGCCAGCUAAAUAGGAGCCAGCCGUGUGCAGCGGCAGCCCCAAAAGCCAACGCAAUCCUAAGUUGCAUUAACAAAGGGAUGCGGGUGGCUCAGUGGCUAAGACGCUGAGCUUGUCGAUCAGAAAGGCCGGCAGUUCGGCGGUUCAAAUCCCCAGCGCCGUGUCA